AUGGACGCCGCCUCCGACUGGCGCUACCGCCUCUCGUUUUCCGAAAGGCUCGCUUCAAUUGUAAAAAUCACGGCAGAGUACAAGAGCGCGAAUCCAGACGUCACGCCAGCUGAGGCCUCUCAGAGGGCCAAAACGCUGGAGGCAUCCAUAUUUGGCCGAGCUUCCGAAAUUCUUGAUUACCAUCGUCAAUGCAACGAGCUGCUCGACGAGCUACGACAAGAAGCAAAGCCUGUCCAAGACGCUGUCUCGAUAGAUAAGGACGAAGAGCUUGGACAGCGCGGAACAAAGACGGUUGGAAGGUACAAGAAUGCCAGGCAUUUUCGCGACGGUCUUCACUCAGACGUAUACAAGGCGACCGCGCCUGUUGACAACCCAGCCUCCUUUGUGGGACUUGCGGGAGCUGUCGUUGCGCUCAAGGUCACUUAUCUGAUCGGCAUGACUCCACCGCAUAAUUCCGAGCGGGAGGUAAGGGUUUUGCAAAAGCUCUCUCACCCCAACAUCAUCCCGCUAUGGGAAUCCUUCCGUGAGCCAGGCUAUAGCCACCUGGUUCUCGUAUUCCCGUUUAUGCCAUACGAACUCGACAUGAUUCUUAGGCAAGGUUACAUAGCAGAAGCGCAAGGUCGCAGCUAUUUACGAGACCUCUUCUCAGCACUCAUGUAUCUACACUCUGUCGGAAUCAUUCAUCGUGAUGUCAAGCCAUCUAAUAUAUUAAUGAAGACUCCCUCCGGUCCAGCGUAUCUAGCAGACUUUGGCAUCGUCUGGGAUCCCAACGAUCCCGACUCAGAGCCUCCAGACCAAAAAAUUACCGACGUGGGUACGACGAGUUACAGAGCUCCAGAUAUACUCUUCGGUAAUUCUUCGUAUGACGCAAGUCUCGAUAUCUGGGCUGGUGGCUGUGUCGCGGCGCAGGUGGUGACAUCCUCAUCCACGCCAUUCUUCGACUCUGGAGAUGCUGGGAGUGACCUCACGUUAAUUCAGAGCAUCUUCAUGAAACUUGGUACCCCUACGCUAGAAAGUUGGCCGGCCGCAGAGAGUUGUCCAGAUUGGGGGAAAAUCCAAUGGGUAGAAUACUCGCCAAAGCCCUGGUCUGAACUUUUACCAGAUACAUCGACUGUGGCUAGAGAUCUUAUUUCCAAGCUGAUCGUAUAUCAAGGUAGCGAACGCUUGACUGCAGCACAAGCGCUUCAACAUCCAUUUUUUCAAGCUGCAUUAGCUUGA